CGGAAACGCAAAGCUGCUGUGUAAUUGUAGAAUUUAGCAACGGAGUCACAACCUACUUCGUGACAAAGCCGUUUUUAUCCACACUAAAAUGCCAGACUAUUUGGGAGACGACCAACGAAAGACAAAGGAAGGGGAAAAGGAUGACGCACCUAUCAGAGCUUUGGACGAGGGAGACAUUGCUCUGCUCAAAACAUAUGGUCAAAGCACCUACUCCAGACAGAUCAAACAAGUGGAAGAUGAUAUUCAGCAGCUUCUCAAGAAGAUCAAUGAGCUUACAGGAAUCAAGGAGUCAGACACAGGCUUGGCUCCACCGGCGCUCUGGGAUUUAGCUGCUGACAAGCAGACUCUGCAGAGCGAACAACCAUUGCAGGUUGCAAGAUGCACAAAGAUCAUCAAUGCAGAUUCUGAAGAUCCCAAAUACAUCAUCAAUGUCAAACAGUUUGCCAAGUUUGUGGUGGACCUGAGUGACCAGGUGGCUCCAACUGACAUUGAGGAGGGCAUGAGAGUUGGUGUUGACAGGAACAAGUAUCAGAUCCACAUUCCUUUGCCUCCAAAGAUUGAUCCUACUGUCACCAUGAUGCAGGUGGAGGAGAAGCCUGAUGUGACUUACAGUGAUGUUGGUGGAUGCAAGGAGCAGAUAGAGAAGCUGAGAGAAGUGGUUGAAACGCCACUGCUCCACCCUGAGAGGUUUGUCAAUCUGGGCAUCGAGCCACCUAAAGGCGUACUUCUGUUUGGCCCCCCUGGUACUGGGAAGACCCUGUGUGCCCGUGCUGUUGCUAAUCGAACUGAUGCCUGCUUCAUCAGAGUUAUUGGUUCUGAGUUGGUGCAGAAAUAUGUGGGAGAGGGAGCCAGGAUGGUCCGGGAACUCUUUGAAAUGGCCAGGACUAAGAAGGCUUGUUUAAUCUUCUUUGAUGAAAUUGAUGCCAUUGGGGGUGCUCGUUUUGACGAUGGUGCCGGUGGGGACAAUGAGGUCCAGAGGACCAUGCUGGAGCUCAUCAACCAGCUGGAUGGCUUUGACCCUCGAGGGAACAUCAAGGUCCUCAUGGCCACCAACCGCCCAGACACGCUGGACCCGGCCCUGAUGAGACCGGGCCGUCUGGACCGCAAGAUCGAGUUCAGCCUGCCCGACCUGGAAGGUCGCACCCAUAUAUUCAAGAUUCAUGCUCGCUCCAUGAGUGUGGAGAGAGACAUUCGCUUUGAGCUUCUGGCUCGCCUUUGUCCCAACAGCACUGGUGCCGAGAUCCGCAGCGUGUGCACGGAGGCCGGCAUGUUUGCCAUCAGAGCUCGCAGGAAGAUCGCCACGGAGAAGGACUUCCUGGAGGCCGUGAACAAGGUGAUCAAAUCAUACGCCAAGUUCAGCGCCACCCCAAGAUACAUGACGUACAACUGAGUGUUUCUGAAAUGGAAUUUCACUGUCACAUCAUUGUUGUUCAUUAAAAAUAAAGUUUAUUCAAUA